AGUGGAUCCCAACUGCCUGACAGAUGGUAUGGCAAAGUGAUUCUUUACUCUCGCCCAUAGCCUCUAGCAUCCUCCCCUCCAGGGUCCCUGGCUCAAGGCUCUUGAGGCUCUAGCGUGGGAACUCAGACUGAGAGGACGACUCCGGAACUCAGACCGAGACGACGUCCCCGAAAAGAGAGGAUCAACAUUGGAAGAAAGACUGCGACUCUAUAGCAGACCAAUUUUAUGAGCAGUUGAAACAAUUCAAAGUAUACUUCAGUGAUUUCCAGGUCAGGCUACCAUUGGAAGCUGCCUCUUAGUCGUGUUUGCACAAUUGUGUGUGUGUGUCUGUGUGAAAGUGUGUUUGCGUGUGCCUUUGAGUGUGUUUGGGUGUGUGUUUGUUUACAGUGUGUGUGUGUGUGUGUGUGUGUGAGUGAGCGUAACCCUGCCCCAGUCCCCUGAGCGUCCUCGGGGUCCGGUUACACUCGCCGGCUACUGCCCCUCAUGCAUGUUUCAUAGGCAGCGGGGAGGACAGAGGCUCCCUUUGUCAUAGGAACCAUCCAGCCCGCCUGCCGGCUGCCCCAUGCAUCUCUGUCACCUUCCACCUCAGAGGAGGAGAUGAGGAGGCAGGCAGCCGACACAAGCCCCUGCCCCUCUGAGAGGUGACUGAACAGCUCGUCAGAGAGUGUCCCCGAGUCAACAUAGUGCCUCUGAAGUCAGCAAGAAGAAAAGAAAAGAAGAGGUGGAGGUGAAGAGGAGAGAGAGGCAGACAAAGAGAGAGAGAGAGAGAGAGAGAAAGAGACAGAGUGGCAACAGGUACAUCUGUUGCACUUCUUACCUGUGCAGAGGCAUCUGGAGUCUAAAGACUGAGUAGUGCCCCAGUCUGUGUGUACUACUCUCUCUCUCUCUCUACGUGUGUGAGGUGUGCGGAGCUUGUCCAGCCCGUGUGAGAGCGUGCGUGUGUGGCGAGGCGAGGCCGGACCAUGAUGGAGACGCUGCGGCCCCCGGCCCUCCAGGUGCAGGUCCCCUGCGAGGAGGAGGAGGAUGAGGACGGUGGUGGUAGAGGCGGAGGUAGAGGCGGAGGCGGCAGUGCCUCCGCUGGGGACGGGGGCAGCGACGGCCGGGCCUGGUCCAGCUCGUCCACGCCCACGCAGCGGCGCCGGCGCUUCAAGAUGCGCCGCAUGAAGAAGCUGCCGAGCGAGCGCGAGGGCCACGGCGGCUCGCGGCUGGACAAGGGCGGCCUGCUGCGCCGCGCCACCUCCAAGGACUACCUGCAGCUGCCCGCCAUCGAGAUCACGCCGUCCAGCGACGAGGACGCGGCCAGCUGGUCCAACUGCUCCACGCCCAGCGCCUCGCCCCGACGCAAACGCUUCCUGCUCCGCAAGUGGCUCAAGGUGCGUGAGCGGAAGGAGAACGUCAGCGAGAGCAGCAGCCAGCCGAGCAGCCAGCAGAGUAGUCAGCAGAGUAGCCAUGACGACGACGCCACACGCUUCCUGACUCCGUUCAUCCGGGAGGAGAGCACUGCCAGUAACUCAAACCGGAGCACGCCCGCCUGCUCACCCGUCCUGCGCAAACGCUCCCGUUCGCCGACGCCCCAGGGCCUGGAGGUGGACGCCGCCAUGGUGGAGAAGGGUUCGGACCAGUCUUCGGACAAAUCUCCGUCCACCCCGGAGCAGCUGGUGCAGCGCACCUGCUCUGUGCAGACGGCUCGCAGCAGUGGCAAGAACUCCAAGUCUCACAAGCGACUUUCCAAAAAGAGCCAGAGCUGGUACAACCAUGAAAGACAGCACAUCCUGAGAGUCUUGAGCCCUACGUAUAAACAGCGUAAUGAGGACUUCAGGAAGCUCUUCAAACAGCUGCCCGACACCGAGCGGCUCAUCGUGGACUACUCCUGUGCUCUGCAGCGUGACAUUCUGCUGCAGGGUCGACUCUACCUCUCGGAAAACUGGAUCUGUUUCUAUAGUAACAUCUUUCGCUGGGAGACACUGCUGACAGUGCGUCUUAAGGACGUUUGCUCCAUGACAAAGGAGAAGACGGCGCGUUUGAUCCCCAAUGCCGUUCAGGUGUGCACGGACACUGAGAAGCACUUUUUCACCUCGUUUGGGGCACGGGACAGGACCUACAUGAUGAUGUUCAGGCUCUGGCAGAAUGCCCUGCUGGAGAAGCCCCUCUGUCCCAAAGAGCUGUGGCACUUUGUCCAUCAGUGCUAUGGCAACGAGCUUGGCCUCACCAGUGAUGAUGAGGACUACGUUCCCCCUGACAACGACUUCAACACCAUGGGGUAUUGUGAGGAGAUCCCAGCCGAGGAGAACGAGAUCAGCAAUGACAACUCAUCCAAGAGCAGCGGGGAGGCCAAGGCCGACGGCAGCCCCUUACCUACGCACAAGAAGUCCCUCUCCAACAGUGCCCUCCACCCUUCCAACACCAGCAGCAACGAGGCAGCCCUCUCAAUCGACAUGGCCCCCGAGGAGUACACGGACUGUCUGCCGGACGGAGAGCUGCUCGGAAUCCCGGUGCUGGUCGACGAUAGGAGCGGCGGGGAGAUGGGGGCUGCCGUGCCCGUGCCGUCGCCCUCGCUGGACUUCAACGACAACGAGGACCUCCCCACUGAGCUCAGCGACUCCUCGGAGACGCACGACGAAGCAGGAGAAGUGCAGGCGUUCCACGAUGACCUGAACGGACGGCAGUACAUUAACGAGGUGUACAAUUUCAGCGUGGACAAGAUGUACGACAUCCUCUUCGCCGAGUCGCAGUUCAUGAGUGACUGGAUGGACCAGCGGCGUUUCACCGACGUGGUGUAUCACCCCUGGAGGAAAGAGGACGCUGGAAACCAGACAAGAGAGAUCUUGUACACCAUCUCCCUCUCCAACCCACUGGCCCCUAAGACAGCCACUGUUACAGAGACACAGACUCUGUACAAGGCCAGUCAUGAGAGCGAGUGCUACAUCAUCGACGCCGAGGUGAUCACACACGACGUGCCGUACCACGACUACUUCUACACGCUCAACCGUUACAUGCUAACACGAGUGGCCAAGAACAAGUGUCGUCUGAGAGUGUCCACUGAGCUCCGCUAUCGGAAGCAGCCCUGGGGUCUGGUGAAGGGCUUCAUUGAGAAGAACUUCUGGAGUGGACUGGAUGAGAACUUCCGCUCUCUCGAGCUGGAGUUGGCCAAGCUGGAGGACGUCAUGCUGACGGAGCAGCAGGCUGUCUCCCAUCGUCCCUCGCCAAAAGCCAAGGCGGUCAAGAACUCCACGCUACGACGCAGGAAGAGGCCUUUACAGCACCUCCGAAACCAGCACAUCGAGGAGGCCCUGAGCCCCGUCACCACACCGACCGACGAGGAGGUCAUCCACUGCAUCAAACACGUGGCAGGCUCCACCCAGACGAGGCAGCCCCCUGAACACCUCUCCAGCGGCUCGGCUCUCUGUAGCGUGUCCAAGCUUCUCCUUAUCAUCAGCUUUGUGAUCUGUAUAAGUCUGGUGCUUCUGGUGUUCCUGAACAUGAUGCUAUUCUACAAGCUAUGGAUGCUGGAGUACUCAGCCCAGAGCCUUACCACCUGGCAGGGCUUGCGGCUGCAGGAAAGUAAACUCCCCCAGACUCAGAUGGAGUGGGCCCAACUGUUGGAGUCGCAGCAGCGCUUCCAUGAUGCGGAGCUGCAGAAGUGGAGAGAGAUCAUCAAGUCCUCAGUGCUGCUCCUGGACCAGAUGAAGGACUCGUUGCUGAACCUUCAGAGGGGCAUUAACCUACGGGACUACAGCUCGGAGGCUGAGGAGAAGCGCAGCCGAUAUCACUGACGCUGGCCUUUAGCCGGCCAGUCAGCCACCAGGGGCAGGGUGUGCAAUGCAGAGCCGUGUGUGUGUGUGUGUGUGUGUGCUUGUACACUGAUAUGCAUACCAAACCGAGGACGCGAGGAGGAGGUCAACCUCCCCAGCCCACGGGCGUAUGAUGACUAUGCAUACCAAACCAGCGAAAGGAGAGAAAAGGGAUAGAAGAGAAAGAGGGAGGGAGGGAGAGAGAGCGAGAGAGAGCACAUCACUGGGUUUUGUCCACGGAGCUGCCCAACCCCGCCAAGCCAUGUGGGGAGGGGACGACUGGGGGUCGAAUCAGGAAGCAGCCCCCCGUUGUCAACAGGAAGUGGGGCUUCUUCUGCUCUUCGACGCUGUGGGGAAACGCUCUCCUCUCAGCACCCCCUCCGUGCUCGUCUCCAAGUCCCUUCUUUUUCUUUGUCUUUCACGUCGGAGGUGGACACGUCGGAUGUCCAGGGCAGAGUCUCGCCCCAAGGAAAGGCAGAGAGACAAGAAGAGGUGUGGGAAGAGAACUUAGCAUGCAAUUCGUUUGUGUUCAUUUUUUUUUUUAAUCCUGUUGCCUGCACUCCUGGCAACAAAGCUCCCCUUUGACCUUCUCUGACGGGUGUCUGGUGACAUUGGUGAUGCUCAGAGGAGGAGAGGAUGGUCUCAGCAGGUCCAGCAGGUUUCCCCCGGGCUCCCCAACACACAGUCUCUGCUCAUGGUGGCAGCUGCAGAGAUCCCCCAGAGGCAUGCCUGACAGUACACACACACACACACACACGCAUACACACACACACACUCACACACAUUCUUGCACACACACAAACACACACACACACACACAUACACACACACACACACACACACACACUCAUAUGCAACAUGCACAUUUACACAUACCACUCACCAUGCACACAUAACAACAACAUGUCACUCCUGAGAAUCAGGUCGCCCUCAGCUCUCUCCCCUAGUGGCUGGAGUGUGUGUCUGUGUGUGUCCAGGCGGCCAUUUUGCGGUGCCUGUCCGGGUUCUACGUCAGGGCUGGAUUCCCUGACGCUUCUCUCCCGGUGCCAAGGUGCUGCAUCCUCAGACAGUUAGUCAUGGUAGAGGACCAUAACCGGUAGAUUAACUCUGCAUCACAAGUGAUUGUAACAGGCACUGGACUGGACCCUUGCCAUUUUGAGAGUGGAGAGGUAACCAGCACCAUCUGCAUGUCCAGAGAAAGAGGUGACCAGACACAGUAGUAGGAGACCCUCUUAAGAGCACUUGGCAUGAUGGUGGAGAUCAAAAUGGCUGCUUUGCAAUAAUGUUGGAAAGGAAUGGUAGAGGAAAUUUGGUCAAAAUGGGUACAGAUUUGAAAAAAAGGCACUGUAGAUACUAACAGUGCCCUCUAGUGGCAUGUCUCUCUCACUACGGACCAAUAGAGAGAGAGAAGAUCCGAGAGUCAUUCAUCAGUCUACUGACUAACAAAUUGUUGUGAAAUUAAGUUUAUAAUCUGUUCUAUUAGAAGUUGUACAAAAUAGAUUGAGAGACUUAUUGCAAUGGACACCAUCAUGACCAAGUCAAGAAUGUGUUACCUUCAAAAGGGGAACUGCAGCUGGACUGUUAGGGAGACUUGUGUCUUUUUGUGUUAGCGUUUGAUGACAAAACUGUGAUUAUAUCUCUUGAAAAUGUUUAAAGAUUGAAGGAAUUAUAUUAAUAUAUUUGAAAUAUAUAGUAUAUUUCAGUAUUUAAUAUAUAUUUCAAGAUAUAUGAAUAUACGCAUUACAGAUAUUUAUUGUUAAUUUAUGUAUAUAGGAAAUUUAUCAGAGUUAUAGGCAAGGUGAAGAAUUUAUAAGGAGAAAAAUAAGUGUUUUCUUCAACAGAGCACACAGACAUGUCUGUGACGUGCCUGAUGUGUUCGUGUAUGUUUGUGCAUGUGUACGUGUGUGUGUGUGUGUGUGUGUGUGUGUGUGUGUGUGUGUGUGUGUGUGUGCGCGUGUGCGUGUGUGUGUGUGUGUGUUAAUGCACAUUCUAACAUUUCUCAGAUAGAGUUAUGUUUACUGCAUUUACAUUCUGUAUUUGUUAGUGUGUGUGUGUGUGUAUGACACCGUCAUUCCACAUCUUGUGCACAUGUAUGUCUCAUGGGUUUUUUUUUCCACGUCAGCCAUGUGGAGCCAAACUGCCUUUCUCCUGCCCGCGCGUUUGGAUUCAGCCUUGCUUCAGUCUACGCGGCGACAGUUUACAGACCUCUGCCCCCCAACCCCACCCCGCCCCCCUAGAGAGUGUGAUUGGCCCCACUGACCUGUCACUCACCUCUAAGCCCAACCAGUGAGCUCAAAAGGGCCAUACUGUCAUUAUUGCCCACAACAACUGAAACUGUAGGCCACCCUUUAAAGGCUCAGGGGUCCCUCUUCACUGCUGUAUAUCCUGACUAGUCAGCACGAGUCACUUCAGAGUAAUUCAGAAGGAAAAGCAAGAGGGUUGUUACCCCUACUGUGGAAUGUCUCAAAGUGCUCUGAGAUUCAAACCAAAACCUUUGACAUUUGGUUUUUAUUGGUCAUACUGGCUUCCAUCUCUUACGCUGAAGUGCACCCUGCACUUUUUCUCAAAAUGGAGUCAUGAAAAUGAGCACUUUAUGCAUCAUCCAAAUACUAUGAGAGAGAGAGAGAGAGAGAGAGAGAGAGAGAGACAGAGAGAGAGAGAUUCAGGGAGCAGGGUGAGUUCACUGUUCGUGUCAAUGAGCCAGGUCUCCAUGAAUGCAACAUGGAAGCGUUUUUUCUUUCUUUCUUUCUUUCUUUAGUAAAGAAAAAUGCAAUGGCAACAGUGGCUGUGUGUGGUGUGAUGUUUUCACCCUCACAGUUAUGUAGUGCUGGUUACUGAUGUGUCUGAAAACAAUGUGAGAGACCAUAAUAUUAGAGCGCACAGUUGCAACGCUAGAUUGUCAAUGGUUCACAGGAAAUGCCGUUCGAUGAAAAGAAAGCAUCUGACAUACUAACAUACUAAGAAUCCAGUUGUCUCUCCAUAGACCAUCAAAACUAAAUAUCCUUUCUGGGUUUCUAACGACCAUGCUUGUUUUUUUUUAUUUUUAUUAUUAUUAUUACGAUUAUGAUAUUAUGAUGUCAUUGAGUACAAAAGGGUUUAUUGACAAAAACAAUCCAUUCCGAGUGGUUGUUGUGACAGUAUGUUGAGGAUGAUGAAGAUGAUGAUGGUGACGAUGAUACUAAAACAAUAUUGUUGUGAUCCAUAUUUUCUUUUCAAAUCUGUGUUCUCACAAACUGGGUUUUCAAGGAGUUAGUUGCAUCCUGACUGUAGUGCUUGUCCCAUUUCCAUUCCAAGUAAGAAAUACCACGGAUUUGACCAAGAAUCAAGCAAACAUUUCAAAUGCUUCUGCGCUUGUUCUGCUGUACACCCACUCUGAGUGAACUUGGACUGUUUUGACUUUGCUGUGUGAUGAUCAAGGUAUUGGUUGAUUGUCCUUUUAAAAUAUUGAAGUUCUGGUUGGAAAUGUUUCUGUUUUAUAGAUUCAGUUUCACAAUCAUUUUUAGGUUUAUUCCACUGAACGACGUGCUGACAUGAUACUCCGCGUGUGUCUGUGAAUAAUUCAUAAACAGUACUGUAUAUGAAAGGGUGGUAGUCAACAUUGUCGCUUAUGUUUCUGUUUGUUUGUUUGUUUUUUCCUGAAAUGUAUGAACAUUCUUCCUCUAGCUGAAAAACCAAUAGGGACCAUUGUCUUGUUAUGCUACUGAGGGCUUUCAUGUGGAGAUGUCAAGGAUUGAUGAUGAAUGCAGUCGGGGAAAAAAGAAAUCAAAUGCUUGGAAAUCACAAUUAACUGUGGUCACGUUUACAUUCAACUUUCCUUCUUGCUUUUCCCUGUCAAAUCAAAUAACUUAUCAGAAUGAAAGCAUGGGUUCUAUUUUGCCAUGUUAAUCCCCAAUGUAAGUGCUUUUUUUUUCUCAUAGAAACCAAGUUCUGACUCAAACUCUCAAUCUGAAUUCUGAAACAAAUAUUGACUCUUUUCCACUGAUUCUGUCGAAUAGAAGCUUUCAAUUCUUUAAACCUCUCAAAAUGAGUUCAGACUAAUAAAUCUCAAGUUUGUUCUUUAACCAAAAGGACCAACCCUCAACCACUCUAAAAAAUGUCGAAAAUCAUGGGCCUUUUGAUGUUUCUAUGGUAACACACCCACUCUUCAUUCCAGAUUAGAAUUCUUACUGCACUUGCUGAAACAUCCCCAUUCUCUCCCCCACAUAUAUUUUUGAUCACACUCUGAUAAUGCUUUUCAAGCAAGUUGAGGCAUUACUCAUUCCACUUUAGUCAUGUCAGAAAAGGAGCCUGAUAAUAUCUCUCUUUUUUAUUUUGUUGUUUUUUUUUUUUUUUUCCAGAGCUGUUUUGAUCUCUAGAGAAGAAUCAAAUAGAUUUAUACAUAUUAUAUAUAUAUAUAUAUAUAUAUAAUAUGAUAUGUAAUACAUUAUAUCCACACUGUUCAUGUGCAGUGUGCACUGAUGAUGCGGAGGGUCAGGGCCGUGCUGUGCGUGGCUCUCGGCUCUGCCCAUGACUUUGCCUAAUAGAAAACUAAGCUAAAGUGGCUUCUGAUUCAUGUGAUGUAGGGAGGUCUGAAUAAAGAAGUAUUCAAGAAACUCA